UUGACCGGUUUGUCUUGGCAUUUUUCUCGGGACUUUUCUCUCUGAUUCUAAACUAUUUACAGCGUGCUAAAGGUGAAAUAAUGUCCUCGCCAGCUCCAAAAUCACCUGAGGUAUCUGAUAAGAGUAAAAAGUACGACCGGCAGAUAAGAUUGUGGGGCGAGCAUGGCCAACAGGCUCUAGAAUCAGCCCAAGUGUGUCUCCUGAAUGCGACAUGCCUGGGCACGGAGAUCCUCAAGGGAAUAGUCCUGCCAGGCGUCGGAGGCUUCACCAUUGUCGACGGACGAGUGGUCACUGAGGAGGAUGUGGGAUGCAAUUUCUUCCUGGAACCCACCUCAGUGGGUCAAUCUCGGGCUCAGUGCUGCUCUCAUCUGUUGCAAGAGCUCAAUCCCGACGUGAACGGCGACUAUGUGGAUGAGAAUAUCGAUUCUCUGCUUGUGAACAAUCCAGACUUCUUCAAGAACUUUGAUCUCGUGAUUGGAACGGCGCUGAGUGAGAAGUCCAUCGUGACGCUGUCCAACAAGUUGUGGGAUCUGAACAUCCCAUUUCUCGUAUGUCGCUCUGUUGGCUUCCUAGGCAGUGCCAGGCUUCAAAUCCGCGAGCAUUGCAUCAUUGAAUCGCAUCCGGACAAUCGCUCGACAGAUUUGCGCCUUGAAGUGCCCUUCCCGGCUCUGCGGGAGCACAUGAACAGCGUCACUGUGACACCCAAAGUGCCCUGGCUGGUAGUGCUGUACAAAUUCCUUCAGGAAUGGGCCAAAGAUAAGCCUCACGCGGUACCGAAGAACUACAAAGAGAAGACAGAACUGAGGGAGUUGAUCAGAAAUGCGAUGGGCAAGGAUGAGGAGAACCACGAGGAGGCGAUCAAAGCUGUGAAUUCGAGUUUCAGCGGUGGCAAGGCGUCCUCCAAUCUGCAGAAGUUACUCGAUGAUCCACAGUGUCAGAAUCUGAAGAAGGAGAGCAAACCGUUCUGGAUCCUCGUGCGCGCUCUGAAGGAUUUCGUGGCCAAUGAGGGCCACGGGUGGCUUCCUCUGCCAGGAAUUCUGCCAGACAUGACUGCCGAGACGGCGUUCUACAUUGCCCUGCAGAAUGUCUAUCGGAAUCAGGCUCUCGCCGACGCAGAUUCAAUCUAUCGUCGCGUUCAGCAGCUGCUGAAGGAAGUCAACUUGCCCUGCGACGUUAUCACGGAGAAGGACGUGCGCCUGUUCUGCCGAGAAGCGGCUCACAUCAGUGUGCAUCGAGGCAGUCGGAUCGCCGAUGAGUACGAAAAGGCGUACAAGUGUCCAGCCUUUGGCGAUUGCCUCGAGGUCUCCGGGACUCUCAUUGAGCACUACGUGGCGCUCAGAGCCAUGGAGCGCUUCCACACGGAACACGGAUGCUUGCCAGCUGAGGUGGAGACGGACACGGCGCGCCUGAAGAAUCUGUCCGGGAAGCUCUUCUCGGAGAUGAAUCUGAGCAGCCUCAGCGACGAGUUGGCGCACGAGUUGUGUCGCUACGGUGGAGCCGAAGUGCAUUCCGUGUCUUCCUUCCUCGGAGGCUGUGUGGCGCAGGAGGUGAUUAAGAUCAUCACCAAGCAAUUCAAGCCCAUCAACAACACCUUCAUCUACAAUGCCGUGAAGUGCGAAACUGCGACUUAUGAACUGUGAAGCCUGCAAAAGAGGAGAUCUAUGAUUUGUGAUUCCUAUCCCAGUUUACAAAAUCGUAGAUAGAUUUAUAAUUUCCUACUCUCUGCGAUCUGGAUACUGUUAAAGUGAAGAGAUU